CUAAUCGCCAAUCGAAUCAAAGAUUUAACAAGCAUACACUGAAACUGUUGUAGCGUCGUCGACGUGAUGGAACUGGCUCUAUUGAUGCUUGGACUUUUGCUGUUCGUCAAUGGAUAUCGAGGUGAGAGCGACACGGAAGACUAUACGGACGUGUCUGUAACCGCAGCGACUCUUCAGAUCGACAUGUCCGAGGACUUUGAUCAAUGGGAGAUAAACGAGUACGAGGAUCCGGUUACGAAGACUUAUCACUGCUCGGCCCAGUCGCAGAAGAAGAACGACACGCUUCAGCCUAAUCUUGAGACGAUUAAAUUCCUGGAUGAUAAUGGCCUGGGUACGGUACGACCACAGAAACAUUACUAUCAGGUUCAUCAUAUUCGUCAAAGAAUGUGUCAAUUCGGCUUCGAUCCUUCUCACGUUGACAUUCGAUCGGGCUCGAUUCACAAACGCUUCAAAAAUACCCUGAGACUGAUGGUUUACAACACGCCUGGCAUGUUCCCCAGCCUCAAGAUCAUCAGGAAUGAUCUUGAUCGUAAGAGAAGACGAGAGCCUCAAAUAUGGUUCAGAUUUGAGACCAGCAAUGGUCCGCUUAUUUCUGAAUUCGAUUUCGACAAUUAUUUCAUCACUGUUAGCGGCGAUUUUUCGAGGAUCCAGGCAUAUUCGAAGAUGCUUGUUGCACUAAAGAUGCACAAGAGACUGAACAACUUCAACGACUCCGUCAGUUAUAAGGUUAAUCUUGAUCUAGGAAUUAUAGAGGUGAUAAUGUCGAGUUUCGGUAUUGCACUGAUGAGAGACAAAUCAAUGACGAAUAUAAUGGUGAAGGCUUUGAACGGGGUGAGAACGGAGAUCAAAGGUGAGGAAGACGUGCAGCUGGAGUUCGAGGAGAGCCUUAAGGACGCGGCUGAUCAGGUUGAUCCACUUAUGUACUCGUCCAUAUGGCUACUCUCAAUGGCAGAGAAAUACGAAGUUGUGAGAAUUCGCGAUAGGGCCCGAAACAUUCAGGUUAGAAGUUUGAACAAGAAGGAAAAAACGUUGGUGUGAGGUUUCGGAGACUGAUUUGUCGGACGUGAGGAGAAUAAAAUUUGUUUUUGUUUUUCUAGUGAAAAACACAAUGUCAA